ACAACAUGUUUGGGUUUCUUGCGUGGAAACGACAUAAUACUAAACAACUGUAAUAUAAAUAGCAGUAUAGUAGUCAGCUAUGGAGACUGGAUUUCCUUAACGGCUGUUAAAACAACACUAACCAACCGUUAACGUAUCGUGUGACUGCUUGUAUUUAUGGAAACAUGUCAAAGAAAAGGGCCAGGAAGCGUAGCAGUGAGGAGCUUAGCGGUACCCUGCCCCCAUCUCUGCUCCCAGACCCCAGCAGCCUUCUGGGUCGGAGGAUCCAACACAACUGGAGGGAGAAGGGCAACAUGACCCGCUGGAAAGGCACCGUCCUGGAACGCCUUUCCGUCAACGCCUCCCUGUUCAUGGUCAAGUACGACGGCUUCGACUGCGUCUACGGUAUCGAGCUGUUCAAGGACGAGCGCGUGUCCAACCUGCAGGUGCUGACGGAGAAAGUUGUCAACAACCGGAUCAAGCCCCCCCCUGGGGCGGAGGAGCUGGUGGGCAAGGCGGUGGAGCACCUGUUUGAGAAGGAGGAGGGUGGGAAGAACGAGUGGAGGGGGAUGGUUCUGUCCCGCGCCCCCAUCAUGACCCACUGGUACUACAUCACCUACGAGAAGGACCCGGUGCUCUACAUGUACCAGCUGUGGAACGACUACAAGGACGGAGACCUGCGAGUGCUGCCUGAGGCCGAACACAAACACCUGCUCCCAGCCGACAAGGACCCCGGGGAGGAGACGGAGAGCCUGGUGGGGAAGCAGGUGGAGUACGUGACUGAGCAGGGGGAGAAGAGGACCGGCCUGGUCAUCUACCAGGUCCCAGCCAAGCCCUCCGUCUACUACAUCAAAUAUGACGACGACUUCCACAUCCACGUCUACGACCUGGUCAAGACCACCUAAACGCUGCUGGCUUCUCCUCCUCCUCUUCCUCCUCCUGUUGGUCCUUGACAGGACCACCUGUACAAGGUGGACUCUGAAGCUCCUCCUCAAGGCACAACUGACUCUCCCUACUCUCCCCUCCUCCUCUCCUCCUCCACCUCCCCCUCCUCUCCCUCCCUCCUUCUCUCAUCCUCCACCCUCUCCCUCCUCCUCUCCCCCUCCCCCUCCUCUCCCUCCUCUUCCUCCUCCUCUUCCUCCUCUCCUGCCACCAUACCGUACCUUCCACCACAUUACUUAAAGUAAACCAUCAUGGAGUCUACCUCUGGCUUCUGUCAGAGAGAGACAAGCGCAGUAGCCAUGGAAUGUACCUUACAACACACCUGUACCGGCUUGUAGUAUGCAGAGAACCCUACCGUAGUAUGACACACCUGUAGUAUGUCUAGAAUACUACUGUAGUAUAACUCACUUGUGGUAUGUCUAGAGUACUACUGUAGUAUAACACACCUGUAGUAUGUCUAGAAUACUACUGUAGUAUAACACACCUGUAGUAUGUCUAGAAUACUACUGUAGUAUAACUCACUUGUGGUAUGUCUAGAGUACUACUGUAGUAUAACACACCUGUAGUAUGUCUAGAAUACUACUGUAGUAUAACACACCUGUAGUAUGUCUAGAAUACUACAGUCCUUCUGUGAUCUCUGGAGGGGAGGAGGGGUCUCCAGGUGGAUUCACCUGCUCUGUUAUUUAUCCCCUCGAGGUCAUUCCUUUGGGAUUCAGGGGUUCUUCGUUCAAUCUGCCGAUGAUGCAAAAAGCUUAGUUUCAGUGGCUAAAGUUCUAUAGUGGCAGACUGACUAUAAUCAGUGUUCGUCUGGCGUGGAUAUUGUCAGUCAGAGAGCUCUCCAUUCUGCGGCUGUGAGUGCAAUAAAAGACAGAAAGAAGAAGUAGUAGGCGGGAGAUGCUGUCGUAGAAGGAUGCUGUCGUAGAAGGAUGGCUUCCUGAUGGAUCUCUGUUCAUCUGAGCCAGAUGUGGACGUUAUUUCAUCACGAGGCCGAAGGUGAGGCCUGAAGUGAGACGUUUUAUUGUCGAACACCUGUACAUUUCAAAUAUUUUCUAUAGACGUAUCAAGUACCUAUAAUUAUAACUUUUACGGGGUAAAAAGUCUUCUCGUCAUCGUUUUUUCGGCCUUUUUGCUUGUGCUGUGUAGUUUUUAGAUUGAAAUAUUUUCCUCUGUCAUUAAAUGACUAUCUUUUAUGUAUGCUUAAACCUGGAUUUAGGCCAUUUGGACUCUGAAUAUGUUUUUAUUGUAAAUAUGGUUUGAGGAGACACUGCGAUGAUCUUAUCAUUCAAUGUUUCAGUCUGAUUAAUGAAGCAGUUGUGUUAUUAUUAGGAGAUUCCUUUGUUGUCCUCUCCCAGUGAUGAAGAGCACAGUGUGCAGUAGCCUUUGUGUUGUCUAAAACUCCACACAGGAACCCACUAGAUUUAUUUUCUCGGUUUCACCGCUUUAUCAACAUUGAAACUCGAAACCAUGCUGAGGUCAGUUUGAUUUUGAUUAUUGUUAAUCUUAUACAUGUCGGUUUUUGAAAAUCACUUGGUAUGAGAUGAAGGAAAAGUAUAAUGUUACAUCACGAGAGGCUCGUGUUAGUUGGCGAGCCCCGUGAAACAGUGAAACGACACAACCUGUCAAGAGCCUCACGCUAAAUUACAUCACUUAAAAAACAAAUCUCUGCUCACCAAAACCUGCAUGCACACAGGUCCGUAUCUUGUGGGCCGUUCGUUCUACAGUAUUUACCACAAAUGUCUCUGGGUGCUGUGUUGUGGAGUUGACCUAUAUUCCGACGCGCAUCUAAUUUUCGUUCUAGCUAACGUUCUAGAAACACUGACCCUUCACCAGAACCACAACGGUUCUUCCUUGCAUGUUUGGUUCCGUGCCCUGCAGAUCAACCUGUGCUGUGGUACCACCUCGGCUGGUGUGUUGUGUAUCGCUGUCUCAGUCUUUGCAAAUCUUCUUCUGCGUUACUGUGUUGUUUUCCAGCUUAUCUAACUGCUCGAAUUCGAACCACAAACCCCCACAUGGCGACCCGCUAGACCAAAGAGAACUUCUCUGAGGUCGCGAGCACAGGAUACCCCUGUGCUACCCUCAAGGACUUCCUGUAUGCCCGUAACAAGGACUUCCUGUUUACCCACAAGGACUUCCUGUUUACCCACAAGGACUUCCUGUUAACCCACUAUAACAUGAGCUGUGGUAUGUUGGGUGAGGGUUGUAACAAGGACAGGGUGAAAGAAUUCCUGCUACCUCACACUAGACAAGAUGAGGUGUUCGCUAUGCUGUUCCUUCACUGUUGCACAGGACGUUCCUUCAGUGUAACGGAGGGGAUUUGAACCAUUGACCUCCACUCCAGCGGCUGACAGAUUUGGGGGAGUGUGAUAUCUUGGGGGUUGUGUUGUUCGUGCUUCUGCUUGUGGUGAGUGUUUACACGAAUCAAUGUCUUUCUAAGAAACAAACAUUACACCAAGUUAUUUUGGUACUUCGAAGUUACAUGCUUUGCAUACCAAUUGUAUGGAGAAAAACAAUAAAGACUAUUUUUUUGCAGAA